AUGAAGUUCUGGAUCAAAACACUGAAGUUGCUAAACAGACUUUUUCAUCGCCCUGUCAAACGGAGAAAGAUGUACAAUUUGAAGCGUAGACGGGAGUCCGUCGCUACUGCGUACAAGAAGACAACAAAAUUCCUGACAUCGAAUACAGCUAACUUAUUAAAAAAGGUGCCGAAUACGAGGAAGUAUCGUUUACUUGCAAAAAUAGUUGACGAUCACGAAGAUAGUCAAACCAAUUCACAAGAUAAUCAAUCAGACGAAAGCAGCGAUUAUGGCGAUCGAGAACUUGAUUAUUACCUGGGAGUUAGAAAGAAAGAGAUCUACUGGAGAGACCCCGUAGGUAUAGAGCAGAUUAAAAAAGACUAUCUCCUAUACCACUGUGGUGUGACCGAAGAAGACUACGAGAAAUUGUACAAAAAGACAAUAGCAAAGCCAUCUCACGUUAUUCAACCUAGGCUCAAGCAAGUACCAUUUAAAAUUCACAGGAAGAAUAAAAAAAUAACCAUGAGGGACUCGGAAUCCUGGUGCGAGAGACGAAAUAUUUUUAAGAUAUUUGCAAACAAAUGGGACAGUGAUUCCACUUCAGAUAGUUACAGUGAAUGCGAUGAUGACGAUGAGAAUGCAGAUGGCGUCAGGAUAAAAGAAGUCUCUGAAGGCAGGCCUUGUGACAACUGUCCUGAAUUAUGUCCGGGAUUCAUUUCACAUCCGUGGAGGUAA